AAAUUAUUUGAACAAUUAUCAAUUAUUAAUUAUGCAUUUUAAACUAUUGUUAUCUAAAAGUUAAUGAAAACCCGUUAAAAUUGUUCACAGUGUAUUCUGAGAUCAGUGGUAGCGUUCAUGCAUAUAGAUGGGCAGCCAAUUUUUGUGUAAUUUACAAAAUCGGCGCCCAAUAAAAUCCGAAUCAAGAGUCAGUUAGUAGUCUAUUUUACACAAGAGUGUAAAAUAGACUACUGAAGACUCUGCAAGGAUUGGUCAUCAGGCCUUUGCGGUAGUUAAUGCUAAUGAAGACGUCAAAAUGAAACCAUCCAUUCGCGUAGAACAUCGGAUAGGAACUUGGAAUGUACGUGGACUGUUAAUGGACGGAAAAUUAUCCAUUAUUGAGGAUGAAAUAGAUAAACAUAAAAUAAGCAUACUCGGUCUAAGUGAGACGCAUAUAAAAGGAAGCGGACACUUUAAAACAACUACGGGGAAUACUAUGUACUUCUCAGGUCACGAAGCGGACAGAAGGAAUGGGGUCGGUUUUAUCGUCCCAGCAAAAUUGACGCGGUUUGUCACUGGAUAUAACCCUAUUAAUGACCGAAUUAUGACCAUCAGAUUAAAAUCUAAACCAUGCUUACUGAACAUCAUUCAGGUAUAUGCUCCUACAGCUGCGGCAUCACAGGAAGCUACUGAGAUUUUUUAUAGAACCCUCGAAACAAUAAUUCAAAGAAUACCCAAGCGGGAGAUGCUCAUUGUACAGGGUGACUGGAAUGCCAAAAUAGGGAACUCUGCAAAUGAUGACCAAAUACGGCAUAUACUAGGGAAACAUGGACUUGGCAUUAGGAACGAGAGAGGGAAAAAGUUCAUUGAAUUCUGCAUUGGCAACUCACUAACAAUCACGAACUCCUGUUUCAAAUACCAUAACCGUAGACUAUAUACUUGGCGCUCCCCAGGUGACCGAUACCGAAAUCAAAUUGAUUAUAUUAUUAUUAAUGAACGAUGGAGAUCAUCUAUCACAAAUGUAAGAACAUUCCCUAGUUCAGACUGUGGCAGCGAUCAUCAACUGCUUGUAGCAAAUCUUCGCCUAUGCCUGAAAUCGCUCCAUAAACCACCUAAGCAAAUGAAACGGCAUGCUCCAUCUGAGAUCAGUGUCUUUCGAAGGAAAACCGAAAAUAAAUUCCUACAACAACCGUAUACUGUAACGCAAAAAAAUACCAAUGCAAAUACGCAAUGGCAAAGACUUCAAAGUCAGAUUGCGGAAGUGCUUGAUUCCAUGCUACGUCAUGGCCAGAAUGAGAUAGAUAAAAUGAGACCGCAGUUUUCGACAAGAAUACGCUCGUGCAAGACCUAUGCAGACGUAAGAGAAACCAAUUUUUCGAGAAGAUCUACGCGGAAAUAGAUAUUAAUGCCAAAUAAGUAUCAAACUGCUAACUUGUUCAAGAAAUCCGUCCUAUAAUAGGAAGUUUCAAACCUUCCUUUUGGAUAACAGAUAACAAAUGAAAUUGUGAAAUCAGCUGAAACAUGAAAAGAAUAUUAUGCAGAAUUAUAUAAAGAUAAUAUCAGCACAGAAAUAGAGACAUCAAUUGAGUAAAUUAGCAUAAACCUGAUGUAAUGUAAUCGAAAGUUAUCGACGCCCUGCAGAAAUUGAAACAAAAGCAUCAAGUUCAGACAGAAAAGGAGAGCACUAGAACAAAAAGAAAUGUCAAACGUGCACAAGAUCUGGCUGUGUAGUUUGAAAAACACAUUAAAUAACCUGUUGAUUGAACUCGUUUAUACUUCUGCUACAUAAAAAAUAUAUGUACCUGCAGAAAUUUUAAAACUAUUACAUUAAUAUCACAUGCGUGCAAAGUCCUCAUACAUAUUAUUAAUAACCGCCUUAAGUGAUUUUUAGAUUGACAAACCGCAUUUGUUAAAAGCACAGGCAGAGACCAAAUUUUGAACCUUAGGCAGACAAUAGGAAAGUGCUACGAAUGUGAUAUUCCCGUGAUCAUAUGUGAUAUAUUGGGUGAACUGGCAACACUUAUGGAACGUUUUUAGGGAAGCUGGUGUACUACAACUCAUAAUAAUACUAAACCAAAAAUUGUACAUAAGUAGUCACAGAACAGUCAGCUGGGGCAAAAUCACAUUCAACAGCUUCACUUUUGAAAGAAGUUAGAUAAGGAUGCAUUAUUUCCCCUUAUUCUUUUUAAUAUAUAUGAGGAACAUAUAAUACGCAAAACUCUUGAUGAACGGUAAAGAGGAAUAAAAAUAGGUCAAGUCCUAGCUCAAACAUGCUAUUGGUGGAUAACACAGCUCUGUUUGAAAUCCUCAAACUAUUAAAACGAGUGAGCUGAAAAUUUGGCCUUCUGAUCAACAAAAAAAAAGAAAGAUCAUGAUAGUCGAUCGCUUAAGUAUUAUCCUGCGUACCGUCACGCUUAAUUACUAUGAAACAGUGAACGAAUUUACAUACCUAAGCUCGAUUGUUAGCAGCAUAGGAAGCUACGAAGGAGACACCAAGCAGCGAAUUGGAAUGACAAAGUCAACAGUGACUCAACUGGGUAGAGUUUGGAGAGACAACAACUUAUCAAUGCGAACUAAAAAUCACAUCAUGCGCACACUGGUUUUUUUAAUUUUUUUUUUUUUGUACAGUAUCAAGAUUUUGAUACUAAAACAUACUUACAGGCGGAUGUAUUUAGAAAGUGGAUAAGUUUGGGAUACGGUGCAAAAGAAAAAUUAUUCGUAUUCCCUGGACUAUUCGAAAAACGAGCAAAGUGCCAAGUCUUAGCAAAGUUGAAACUUACAGACUAACAGCAACUCUACCGCAUCUACCUGCACCGAAUACUAAAACACUUCGGACACAUAGCUCGAAGAAGCAAUAUCAAUCUCAUGGUGACAGGUCAGGUGGAAGGGAAAAGACCAAGAGGCCGCAGUCUAAAGUGCUAGACAGCUCAUGACAGAAGAGUUGCAGAUCCCAGUGAAUAUAGCUAUCUAUCUAGCACAAGAUAAGGACAAAUAGAGGAAGGCAAUAAAAAAUAUAAGACAGGGUCAUGAUCCUUAGGAAUCAAAGAGCGAUUGAAAGAGAGAGAGAGAAAGAGAGAAUUUUAGAAAUUUUAAGUUAUUUUAUUAUUAUUUCCAUAACAAUACAUAUUUAUGAUAAUAAUACUGAAAAAAUCAAUUUACCUGGUUUCCAGGGCGAUCUAGGAGUUGGGGAUGAUAGAUCGACAGGCUCCCCAACUUCUGUUGAUAUAUCCUUGAUUAAUUCCAAUAAGGUAUGUCCAGGAGUCACCGGCAUUUCUAUAGGGGAGGCACCUCUAGAACCCUCUGUAAAAAAAAAUAUAUCGUUAUCAAACAACUUCAGAAGAAAGAAGUUCGAAAUAAAAAAAAAAAAACUAUAUUUUUAUUUGUACGUUAAAACGUUAGGGGAGGAGACCUAGCCAUUGACCACCACCACCUUAGCAGUGGACAGCAUUACUGAACGUAGAUAAAUGACUGUAAUGAUGAUGAUGUUAAGCAUUUACUACAAAUAUAUUUAAAACAAUGUUUAUCUAAACAGUGUUUUACAAGGCACUAUCUAAGUGAUUAAAUACUGUUUGAUCAUAUUAAAAAUAUUUAUUUUUUAAAAAAGAUUUACUUUUUUAGCGAAACGUUGAAACAUGUAAAGAACACUGGUCUAUCGCAAGUUUUAUUUAUUUUUUUUUAGUUCAAAUAAAUGGUCUCAUUUUCUCAAUAGAUUCAGAACCCAUUCGGCAUUCUGAAGUGAAGAUGGCAAAUUUCAAACAUUAUGAUGAUGUUGAUUUACUCUUAAGGUACAGUAUCAUAUCUAUUUAUCCCCUUAGAUUAAAAAUACAAGAUUGACAAUGUAAAAAAAUGUAUAGCAAUAUGUAUUUUAUUAACAAGAUUAACAGAUUGGAAAGUAUAACAUUAAAUAUAAGGUGAAUUAAAAAACACACAUACAAAAUACACAUUUUUACACAUUCGGCAACAAUAUGUUAAGGUUUAAAAUAUAAACUACCUGGUAACGGUGACCUCAACACCAACUUCCUAGCUUCAUCCAUAGCUCGCUGUAAGUUCUGUUGAUUCUUGAAGGAUUCUCUGCUGCGACAGCGUCCAAUUUGACUUCUGCAAGAAAUGUAAAUAAAAUCUGAAACUACUUCAUUUUAUUAUUCUAAAUUAAAUAAAAAUAAAAAAAUACAUUAUUUUAAAUGUAAAACGUGUAAUUUAUUUGAGAACGCUCGACUGGUUUCGAGACCAUCCGGGAUCUUGAGUGACCGCCAUGAGAGCGGAAGCCUAACAGCCGAGUGCAUAAAAUUUUGACUAUAAUAAUUUUGACAAUUACAUACAAUAACUGGUAAUUUAACCGAUAACCAACUAACCUACCUAUUUCUAUGUGCAUGAUUGAAAAGUUCUAGUUAAUGGGGUAGGACGAAGGGCGUACAAGCUAAUGAUUUAGUGAAAGAAAUAGAAAUUUACUGUGGCAACACUGACAACAAAUCGAAAAAAAAUAUUUAAAAUUUGUGUUUCAACAUUAUUUUAUAAUAUUUGUAAUAGUUUAUUAUUGUGUUUGUAAUUUAAAAAAAUAGCAAUGGCAUCAUAUCAAAAUAUUGUUGAGAUAAAUAAAGUACAUAAGUACUCGUAUUAUCAUGCUAUGUAACCGCGGCGUAAUCACAAUUUCUUAAAAUUUAUUAAAAACCCACAGAAUAUA